UUCCUUAAAAUUUAUGUUCAUAUUAAAAAUACUUACAAUUUUGAAGGAGGAAGCAUCCUUUUUUAGCCCGAUUCCCGAAGCUAGCUACCGUGUUAAUUCGAGCUACUCCACUAUUUAGAGCAGGCACAAUAAUAGACUAUAAAUCAGUUAUAAACAUAUUUUAAAGAGAUAAAAAAAAGAGAAAAGAGCAGCAGACUAUAGAUAUGUAACCAGCUGCAGCACGGAUUCCAAGACGUAAUGUGUAUAUGCCAGUUGGGAUUAUGUAUUAAUAGUGUAGUAAACAAUUAUUAUAUGAAUUGGCUAUUAUAUUGGCUAUAGAUGAUUUAGAGCUAGUAGUUAGCUAUACUAUUAAACUUAUACUAUUAAACUUGCUCUUAGCUUCAUUCCAUCCCACUGCCCCCAAACUGCUGCAUCUACGGCAAAAAAUGCUGCGACGCUCUUUGGUCGCCCAUGCCGUUCUCCUCUUCGCGGCGGUCGCGCUCCCGCUCGCCGCCGCCCAGCCAUGGCCUGUCUGCGGCACCAGCGGCGGCAACUACACGGCGGGGAGCACCUACGAGUCCAACCUCCUGCGCCUCGCGAGCACCCUCCGCGCGAACGCCUCCGCCUCCCCCACCCUCUUCGCCUCCGGCGUCCGCGGCGUCGGCCCGGACGCCGUCUACGGCCUCCUGCUCUGCCGCGGCGACAUGAACCCCUCCGACUGCUUCGACUGCGGCACCAACGUCUGGAGGGACGCGGGGCCAACCUGCAACCGCACCAAGGACGCCAUCCUCGUCUACAACCAAUGCUACGCCCAGUUCUCCGACAGGGGCGACUUCCUCGCCGCCACCAACAACUCCGGCGAGGUGAGCCUCCUCAUAAGCGGCACCAACAUCACCAGCACCGACGUCGCCGGCUACGACCGCGCGGUCACCGAGCUCCUCAACGCCACCGUGCGGUACGCGGUGGAGAACUCCACGAAGCUGUUCGCCACGGGCCAGCGGGUGGGGAACGACACGGGGUUCAGCAACAUCUACUCCAUGGCGCAGUGCUCGCCGGACCUGUCGCCGGCGCAGUGCCGGAGCUGCCUCGACGGCCUCGUGGGCCAGUGGUGGAAGACGUUCCCGCUCAACGGGAAGGGGGCGAGGGUCGCCGGCCCGCGCUGCUACCUGAGGUCCGAGCUGGGCCCCUUCUACACCGGUAAUCCGAUGGUGCGGUUGCCGGUCAAGGCCGACGAGCUCACGCAGAAGAGAAGAUUGGCAAAAGCAGAGCGUCACCCCGGAACUGAUACAAAUGAGGACUUUGAAAGUGUCAAGUCAACCCUGUUAUCUCUGGCAUCACUGCAAGUGGCAACGGAUAACUUCCACGAAAGCAAUAAGAUUGGUGAGGGGGGAUUCGGUGCCGUUUAUAAGGGAAUUCUUCAUGGACAAGAAGUGGCUGUGAAGAGGAUGGCCAAGGGCUCCAACCAGGGGCUGGAAGAGCUGAAAAACGAGCUAGUUCUUGUCGCCAAACUUCAUCACAGAAAUCUUGUUCGUCUUGUUGGUUUUUGCCUUGACGAGGGGGAGAGAUUACUCAUCUAUGAGUACAUGUCCAAUAAAAGCCUAGACACCUUUCUUUUUGAUGCAGAGCAAAAGAGAAAACUAGACUGGGCGGUAAGAUUUAAGAUAAUAGAAGGCAUUGCCCGGGGGCUACAAUAUCUUCAUCAGGACUCCCAAAAGAAGAUCGUCCACCGUGAUAUGAAGGCGAGCAACAUUUUACUAGACGCAGACAUGAACCCCAAGAUUGGGGACUUUGGCCUUGCUAGGCUCUUUGGGCAGGAUCAGACUCGAGAAGUCACAAGCCGUAUCGCCGGGACAUUCGGUUACAUGCCUCCUGAGUACGUGCUGCGCGGACAGUACUCUACGAAAUCAGACGUGUUCAGCUUUGGCAUUCUUGUCAUAGAGAUCGUGACAGGCCGGAGAAGGAAUAGCGGGCCAUAUUUGUCUGAGCAGAACGAUGAAGAUAUAUUGAGCAUAGUACGGAGGCACUGGGAAGAGGGAGCAAUUGCAGAGAUGAUUGAUCAUUCCUUAGGAAGAAACUACAGUGAGACCGAGGUGCUGAAAUGUGUCAAUAUUGGACUCUUGUGCGUCCAGCAAAACCCUGUAGAUCGACCUACAAUGGCGGAUGUCAUGAUUUUACUCAAUAGUGACACUACUUGCACUAUGCCAGCUCUUGCACCUAGGCCAGCAUAUUUGAUCGAUGGGACCUCUGGUUACUCCCAGACCGUAACACAAUGGUCCGGCAGGUAGCAGGGGGCCGAAGCAGAUCUAGCACCGUUGUUGGCUUGUUGCUGCUUGCUUUGUUUUAUAUUGUAAGUGUAUCAGUUCUCAAUUUGUAUUCCAUGAUAACCAAGUUCAACUAAUAAAGAGUAAAUAUAUACCAUUGACCAGUUUGUCUCGCUCAAUGUU